AUGGAAUCUGAAAUUAGAAAUUCUGCUACGGGGUUGACAAAGCGGUUGGCGCAGACUGCUCAGGAAACGUUUGGUGACUUCGAAGAAGCUGUAGAAAAAGAUGCUACAAAGACUGCUGUUCUAGAUGGGACUGUCCACCCACUAACAAGCUAUGUAAUCAACUAUGUCAAGUUCUUAUUCGACUACCAGGCGACUUUGAAGCAACUUUUCUCGGAAUUUGGAAAUGGAGAUGACUCGAACUCUCAGCUUGCAUCCGUAACAAUGAGGAUAAUGCAGGCGUUUCAAAACAACCUGGAGGGAAAAUCGAAACAGUACAAAGAUCAAGCACUGACACACUUGUUCUUGAUGAACAACAUACAUUACAUGGUUAGAUCUGUGCGCAGGUCAGAAGCCAAGGAUUUGUUAGGCGAUGAUUGGGUUCAAAGGCAUAGGCGUGUCGUUCAGCAACAUGCAAACCUAUACAAAAGGACUGCUUGGACAAAGGUUCGACCUAUAUAUAUUACACAAACCUCGUCGGCGCAAGGGUUGACCUCGUCUGGAGGAGGAAGUGUAGAGGGAGGAAACAGCAGCGGAGUUUCAAGAGGGUUAUUGAAGGAGGGGUUCAAGAUGUGCAAUAUGCAAUUUGAUGAGUUGCAUCAGAGACAAUCGCAAUGGACAGUUCCAGACACAGAGCUAAGAGAGUCACUAAGACUUGUUGUUGCUGAAGUAUUAUUGCCUGCUUAUAGAUCAUUCCUCAAACGCUUUGGGCCUCUGGUUGAGAGUGGGAAGAAUUCUCAGAGAUACAUAAAGUAUACAGCUGAAGAUCUUGAGAGAUUGUUGGGUGAGUUGUUUGAAGGAAAGUCUAUGAACGAACCACGACGGUAAAAUCAAACUACCAAAGCUCAUUUUGUAAGGUAAAUUUCUGUCAAACUACUUCUCUUCUGUCUCCGUUGUAUAUGGAGUGUCACAAUUCGUGUUUGUUUGUUUGUAUUUUUCUUAGUGAUGAGUGUGUAAAUUACUUGGAAACGAGUUAUUUCUCUUUUGUAUAACGUUUACGUUUUGAAAUAAGCAUGGCUUACAUA